AUGGAGUACACACCAAAUGAAGAAAAGACCACAGACUACAUAGGCAUUAUAACAAAUUUAUUUAAUUACUUCUCACUGGGUAUCGAUGAUAAGGUAACUCCCCAAGGGAACACACCCGAUGUGCAAAGAGCUGGCAGAGCAACCCCUCACCCACGAAACAGCAUACAACAAGUAGUUUACAAUUUGAAGUUGAAGAGGUCAUCCAACUUGAAGAUCUCCACUCGGUUUGGCUUGGACGCCCCGGUGAUGCAAAACAAAAAGGGAUUUGACAAAGAACGCCGAGAAGAAGACAACGCCUCGACUAACGUGCACCCCAAGAAAAGCGAAGGGGAAACAAACACAAGAGAUAGCUCGGCAGAAAAUUGCCUGAACGGAUCAGAAAAUAGGGAUAACCAGUACACUUCCAGUUUUGAUCUUUCCGGGGGGGAGUUCUUUCAGCUGAAGGAACAGAGUGGAGACGAAGGGGGGGAAGAGUCCAAGGUGGAGAAAAGUAAAGAAAAGCGGAAGAAAAAGAAGGAAAAGGGCAAGGAAAAGUCGAAGAAGAAGAAAAAGAAAAGUAAGAGAGAGGAGGAAGAGGAAAACACGAAGGAGAAGAUCGCCGCAGAAAACGGUGACGAGUCUAAAUUGGAUCGGGGGAUGGAGGAGACAAAACGAAACGGUGGAUGUGACAAAACGGGCGAGGGUGAUGAACCCCACAGGGAAGAGGAAACAGUUAACUUCGGAGAAAACGGAACGGGAGGGGUGUGUGUGGAGGAAGAAAUGAAGAAAACGAAGACAAUGAAAAAGGUGAAGAAGAUGAAGAAGAAAAAGACGAGACGGGAAGAGAUGAAGGUAAACGAAACGAGCUCCACCGAAAAUGACUCCGCUGAAAAUGCCUCAGCCCAAAUGCAACCGGCAAGGCGUACGAACGAACAGAGGAAUCCACCAAACACAAGAAAAGGAAACCAUAACCAUGUUCGCAAGAAGAAGAGCACUACACUAAGUAGCAGCUUUGUUCAACCGCCUUGUAGAAGUAACUCGGAUGAGGCAAACUUCCUACACGUCGUUGACGAAGCCGAUUCACAAAGAAAAGAUUUCGUAAAGGCGCAAGAUGAGCUAGCCAUAAAUUACAUUUCGGACAGCAAGAAGAGUUAUAUAAGCAUACGGAGCAGAAAUAGGGAUAAGGAUAAUGUGAUACAAUUACCCAAGUUGAAUUUGUCAACGCGGGGGGGUCGGUCUUCAUCGGGUGAGGAGAAUGAGACGACAGACGGGGAGGACGUGCUCAUUCCAUUAGCGGAGCUGCAUCAGUGA